AUGAGCUCCCAGAUUCAUCAGAAUUAUUUCCCUGAGGUGGAGGCUGCCGUCACUACCUGGUCAUCCUGCAUGUGCCAGCCUCCUGCACCCACCUCACUGGGCUUCUGUUUCCAUCACGGCCACGUGGCUCCGAAGGGCUUGGGCCACUACUUCUGCGAGUUGGCGAAGAAGAGCGAGGGCACUGAGUAUCUCUUAAAGAGGCAACACCAGCAUGAUGGCCUCAUUCUCUUCCAGGAGGUGCUGAAGCCUUCCCAAGAUGAUUGGGGUAGAACUCAGGGCACCAUGGGAGCCGCCAUGGCCUUGGAGACGAACCUGAACCAGGCCCUUUUGGAUCUGCUUGCCCUGGGUUCCACCCGCAAAGACUCGGCUCUUUGA